AUGAACUCAGCAGCUUAUAACAUCAAGGAUCUUUUUCCGAAGAAUUCCACUUGUAAGGAUGACGCCAAACACUUUAAUUGGAGCAGCACAGAAGAUCUUCCUCAUCCUCAUCCUCCUCACCUUCCGCGCUUCACCACCGCGGCUCAGGUCCGAGUGACGCUCACCCUCCUCCUGUGCGCGCUGUCCGCCUGCUGCAAUCUCGCCGUGCUUUGCUCAGCCAACCACAAGCACAGAAAGCGCUCCCAUGUUCGGCUCAUCAUCACCAAUCUGGCGGUGGCGGAUUUACUGGUGACGUUCAUCGUCAUGCCUCUGGACGCGGUGUGGAAUAUAACGGUGCAGUGGCUCGCGGGGGACCUCGCGUGCAGGACGCUGAUGUUCCUCAAACUCAUGGCCAUGUACUCGUGCGCUUUCGUGACCGUGGUGAUAAGUCUGGACCGACAGGCUGCUAUUCUCAACCCGCUGUCCAUCAACAAAGCGAGGAAGAGAAAUAAAGUAUUGCUGAGUGUAGCGUGGACCAUGAGUGUCGUGUUGUCCAUACCACAGGUGUUUGUUUUCCAGGUUGUGGUGAUUGAUUCCCCCAAGCGGUUUAUCCAGUGUACAACCUAUGGCAGCUUUAGCUCACACUGGCAGGAGACACUUUACAACAUGCUUACCUUCACCUUCCUCUUCCUCUUCCCACUCUUCAUCAUGAUCUCCUGCUACACCAGGAUAUUGUUUGAGAUCUCCAAUAAAAUGGCCGAAGACAGCUUGCUGUCCAACAAAGUGCAGCUGCGCAGGUCUAAAAACAACAUCCCUAAGGCACGCAUGCGCACGCUGAAGAUGACUGUGGUCAUUGUGCUGUCAUUCAUGGUGUGUUGGACACCCUACUACAUGCUUGGCCUGUGGUACUGGUUCUGUCCCGCUGGCCUGGAGGAAACAGUGUCCCAGUCCCUCUCACACAUCCUUUUUAUAUUUGGCCUGUUAAAUGCUUGUUUGGACCCCAUCAUCUACGGUCUCUUCACCAUUCCAUGCAAAGGCAUGAAGCACCGACAGCGUGAACAUAACAUUGUAGCCUUUGAGCUGGAGAACACUAAUAACUCUUUGAUGACUUCCAUCAGAACUUCCACCUCCUCGCUCACUUUAAAGAGACUGACAGUUCAGCAGACUUCUAGAGAAAAGCUAGAAUGGGACGGAGAGUAUGUGCACAGGAUUGGAGAUGAUGGGGCAAAGAAUGGUGUGGCCUUUGCAAGUCAUUAA